CCCCUGCUGCUGUGGCGCGCGCCGACGCUCUUCCACGUCUCCGCUCCCGCGGGUCCAAUGGUCGGAGAAGGUUGUGUGUGCGAGCAAGGCCGGGAAAAAACAUGGCGGCGCCCGUCUUAAGAGUAUCCACCCCUCGAUGGGAAAGAAUAGCCAGAUUCCUUGUUUGCCUGUUAGGAAUACUGUUGUCCGUGUACGCGGUUCACGUGGAAAGGGAGAAAUCUCGGGAUGCGAACUACCAGGCUCUGUGCGACCUGAGCAACUCUGUAAGCUGUUCCAAAGUGUUCGGCUCAAGAUGGGGUCGAGGAUUCGGCUUGUUGGGAUCCAUCUUUGGUAACAACAGUGCAAUAAAUCAGUCAAACAGUGUCUACGGACUAUUGUUUUAUGUCUUUCAGCUGUUAUUAGGCUUGACUGUGAGUGCGAUGGCCGCCCUGAUUCUAAUGACCACGUCCAUCGUCUCAGUGAUAGGCUCAGUGUACCUGGCCUACAUCCUCUACUUUGUCCUGAAAGACUUCUGCAUCAUCUGCAUUACCACAUAUGCACUGAACUUCAUUCUACUCGUGCUCAACUACAAGAGGCUGGUCUACUUGAACGAGGCCUGGAAGCAACAGCUAAAGCGGGACUAAAAGGAAAAAAAAAAAAAGAUAAUACAAGGAUUAAAAAAAUAAUAAUAAAAGAAAAGAAAUGUGACCUCCGAACAUUUGACUUGCCA